AUGAGAGGCCCAAUAGAGAGAGAGUCCGGGAGAAAAAGAAAGGCCAACGUACGAGAAGCUAGGGCGAGCCUCGGACAAAGUGAGGUCUACCAUGCAUAUGUUGCGGACCGGUCUAUGAAGAUCGAGUUUUCAGAGGGCGAGGCGACUCACGUCCUCCACCCGCAUAACGAUGCGCUGGUUAUUACCUUGAAAAUAGCCAACGCAAAAGUGCAUCGAAUUUUGGUGGAUGGGGGUAGCUCAACAGAUAUCAGCUCCUUGACAGCCUACAAAGCCAUGGAUUUAGGAGAAGAGGUGCUUAAGAGCAGCCUGACACCAUUGAUAGGAUUUGGAGGAGAACGGAUCAUUCCCAAGGGGAGAAUAGAGUUGCCUAUAACGUUCAGAAGUGAGCCAAAAAGUAUCACAAGAAUGGUGGACUUUUUGGUCGUCGACUAUACAUCCUCCUAUAAUACAAUAUUGGAAAGACCGACAAUGCACAUGCUCAGAGCGAUACCAUCCACAUACCACCAAUCCAUGAAAUUUCCAACACCUGGUGGAGUAGGAGAAAUUAAAGGAGAGCAACGAGUGUCGCGUGAGUGCUACUACACUUCAAUGAGGGGCAAUGACAAGGCUUCUACUACGGGUCGCCAUUGA